AUGGAAAACGAAUUAUAUGUGAAUAAUCUCGUUAAAAUACGCACAUUAAUACAUGAAAAUUCUAAAAACAAGAAUCCAAACUAUACAAAAGAAGAACUCGAUGGCUUAGUUUCGAAUUUGGAACCAAUGGAUUUUGCAUCAUACGGAAAAGACAUUUGCAAAUUAUAUAGCUCUGCUGCAAAAACUCAUAAUAAUGCUUUUUCAACAAAUGUUCCUCCUCAAAAUAAUCCAGAAUUUCCAAAAUUCACUUUUCGCAAAAUCAAGAAACAAACAUACGACUUAAAUAUCGAAGGUACGUCCAAAUACUAUCCUACAUAUCCGGAAUGGAUUUGCAAAUCAUUCAAAUAA